UCGCACUCAUUUCCUGCUCGUCCUCUUCUCUUCCUCAAUUCGGUCUGAUUCUUUUACCGAGAGACGGACAUUCUAUACAUAUAUAUAUUAGAUUGUAGCGAGUUGUUCGAGGAAGAGAGAGAGAGAGAGAGAGAGAGAGAGAUGUCGUUUUGGCGUGGGGGAUUCUUCAACAGCGAGUUGUCGAAGAAGACGUCCAUCUUCGGACUCAGGUUGUGGGUGGUGAUUGGAAUCUGCGUCGGCGCCGCUUUCGUCCUCGUCCUAUUCCUCCUAUCCCUCUGCCUCGCCUGCCGCCGCCGCCGCACCCUUUCCUCCUCCCCGAGCAAGAAGCCGCAGAAGUCCCUCAAGAUCCACCUCCAGGACCCUUCCCCACCGGUUUCCAAGGACAUCCCCGAGAUCCGCCAUCACCAAUCGGCCACCGCUGACACCGCCGCCGCCGAUGAUGUGCGGAUCCACAUCGGCAGUGCCGACCACCACAAGCACAACAGCCACCCGCGUUACCCGUUGGCGCCGCCGUCCUCGUCCACGACGGGGACCGCCAGCGGAGAGACCAGUGGCACGCCCUCGUCCAAUGUGGGCGGCGGUGGCCCGCCAGAGGUGUCGCAUCUGGGGUGGGGGCAUUGGUACACGCUGCGGGAGCUGGAGGAGGCCACGGGUGGGCUGGCUGAGGAGAACGUGAUCGGGGAGGGUGGGUACGGUAUCGUGUACCGCGGAGUUUUGGGGGACAACACCACGGUCGCCGUGAAGAACUUGCUCAACAAUAGGGGCCAAGCAGAGAGGGAAUUUAAAGUCGAAGUUGAGGCAAUUGGGCGUGCCCGGCACAAGAAUCUAGUUAGAUUGCUUGGUUACUGCGCUGAGGGGGCAUAUAGGAUGCUUGUUUAUGAGUAUGUAGACAAUGGUAAUCUGGAACAGUGGCUUCAUGGAGAUGUUGGAGAAGUCAGUCCUCUGACUUGGGAUAUCAGGAUGAACAUAAUUCUUGGAACUGCAAAAGGCUUGGCCUAUCUUCAUGAGGGGCUUGAACCAAAGGUUGUUCACCGUGAUGUCAAAGCUAGUAAUAUUCUACUUGAUCAACACUGGAAUCCUAAAGUCUCAGAUUUUGGGCUUGCGAAACUCCUAUGCUCUGAAAGGAGUUAUGUGACGACCCGUGUUAUGGGGACUUUUGGCUAUGUGGCACCAGAAUAUGCUAGCACUGGCAUGCUGAAUGAGAGGAGUGAUAUCUAUAGCUUUGGAGUCCUUAUCAUGGAAAUUAUAUCAGGAAGGGCACCCGUCGAUUACACAAGACGUCCUGGAGAGGUGAAUUUGGUUGACUGGUUAAAGACCAUGAUUGGGGAUAGAAAGUCCGAGGAAGUGGUGGAUCCUAGGAUGCCCAAGAAGCCAUCUCCAAAAGCAUUCAAAAGGGCUCUUCUGGUGGCCAUCCGAUGUGUCGACCCUGACGCGCAUAAACGGCCUAAAAUGGGGCAUGUGAUCCAUAUGCUCGAAAUGGAUGACUUGCUAGUCCGUGAAGAAUGCAAACUAGACCGGGAUUCAUCUGCCAGUCAAUCAUCAGGCAGAUACAACCCAAUGGAAGAAGGAAGCUUGAGCAGGCGUGACCACAGGACCAGGUGGUAUUGACUUGUACAAGAAGAGUUUCAAAAGGGAGCAUCAGCAUUCACCAUCCCUGCUAACUGCUACAAGUUGGUGGUGCACAUCAGUCGAAUUCCAAGAUCUACGUUUUCUUCAUGUGGUUUCUUCACCAUUGGUUUCCGCUGUUUCUGACCUAUAUAUCUGACUCAUUCAUGUUUUAGUACACCUUGAUGCAUAAAUGUGUACAUGUAUGCUCACAUGAGAUUGAGCUGUCCCGGUCCACUAUUUAUCGUUCCCCUUUUAAGAUAGUUGGUUCCGACUAUCUUAAUUCAUCGUCGAGAUCAUAUUGUUCAUUAGUAACUCUGAUUGGUAAAUUGACCUGCCUAGACUUCCACCGGGUUUCUCAGUGUCUCAAUGCUGUCCUUCAAUCUGGAAACAGAGAGUUUUAAUCUAUGCACCUAUAUAAAUAUUUCUUCUUUUAUGCUUCCA